AUGGGCGAGGGCGGCUUUGGCAAGGGCAAGAACGACGGCAAGGGCAAGAAGGGCAAGAAGGGGGGCAAGAAGGGCAAGAAGGGCGCCGAGGAGAAGGAGUGGGUGCCGUGCACCAAGCUCGGCCGGCUCGUGAAGGAGGGGAAGAUCACCUCCAUCGAGGACAUCUACUUGCACUCCCUGCCGAUCAAGGAGUACCAGAUCAUCGACCAGUUCUUCGCGCCGGGCACGCUCAAGGACGAGGUGAUGAAGAUCCACCCGGUGCAGAAGAUGAGCUCCGCCGGUCAGACCAACCGUUUCGUCUGCUACGUGCUGGUCGGCGACAACAACGGCCACAUCGGGCUGGGCUCGAAGUGCUCCAAGGAGGUGGCCACGGCCAUCCGCGGCGGCAUCAUCGCGGCGAAGCUCAGCCUCAUCCCCGUGCGCCGCGGGUACUGGGGCAACAAGAUCGGCCUGCCGCACACCGUGCCCAUGAAGGUGGCGGGCAAGUGCGGCAGCGUGCGCGUGCGCCUGGUGCCCGCGCCGCGGGGGUCCUCGGUCGUGGGGUCGCCGGUGAUGAAGAAGAUGCUCGCGUUCUGCGGCAUCCAGGACUGCUUCACGUGCUCGUGCGGCCACACCAGGACGAAGGGGAACUUCAUCAAGGCCACCUUCGACGCUCUCAAGUGCACCUUCGGCUACCUGACGCCAGACCUGUGGAAGCCGACGCACUUCAUCAAGCCGCCGUUCCAGGAGUGGUCAGACUACCUCGCGCAGUCAAAGGCGACCGCGUACUGA